AUGUCGCUCUUCGGACAGGCAAAGCCCUCGCUAUUUGGGCAGUCUCAGGCUACCCAGGCUUCUGCCCCAGCUCAAAAUACAGGAUUUAGCUUUGGCCAGUCGCAACAACAGCAACAAGGCGGCGCAUUCGGCGCAUCGAUCCAACAAUCACAACCACAACAGAUGCCGGCUUUAUCUCAAUCUCAAGCUCAACUUUCCAACUCUCUAUGGCAGCCUGGAAAGGAUACACCUCACCAGAAGCCGAUUCUCGAGCAAAUGAAGCUCGUCACUGAAAAAUGGGACCCUGCGAACCCCAACUGCGUCUUCAAAUAUUACUUUUACAACAAGGUCGACGAGAGCCACGUUCCUUACUACAAGCCCCAGCCCCACGAGGACCCACGGGAAUGGGAAGAGGCUCUACAGAACAAGCCAGCCCCUGGAUUUAUGCCUGUACUGUGCUCCGGAUACGCUGGGGUCGCCGACCGCCUCAAGACACAGAAGCGCGCUGUUUCCGACUUCAACACCCGCUUGCAUCAGAUCAAUGGAAGUCUAGACGCUGUUCUCCAGCGCCACGAGCUGGAAACUGAGGUUCGAGCCGUUGCGGCCCGUAGACGACAAACAACCAUCAGUGAACGAUGCUUGGCGCUUGCUGCGCGAGUGCAAGUUCUUCGAAACCGCGGUUAUGCUCUCAGUGGCGACGAAGAUGAUCUCAGCAGCCGACUACAGAACUUGGAGCGGGAAGUCCAGGAUCCUGCCGUAGGCGCAAGGGAAGAGGAGCUUUGGAGUCGCCUCAUCGUUCUGCGAGGGUACGCUGAUCAGCUUAGCAAGGAGAUGGAUAAGCCAAGUGGCAUUGAGGAAGAGACCAUCGAUCCGGAGCGAGAAGCCAAGGCGAAGCGGGUACUUGAGGAUUACGAGAAACAGAUCCAGCACAUCAAGAAGGAGCUCGAGGCUCUAGCAGUUGACUAUUCAGACUGGGACAAGACCAGAAACCCACACUCAAAAUAG